AUGAAGCGUCGUCGCGUAGUAUUCCGGAAAAACUGGGCGCUAGCAUACGCCGUUCAAUCAUCUGAUACUUUCCCUAUCACUUCCACCAGCACUUCUGAUGAGUCAAACGCCGCCUUUGAUUUCGGAGUAGUUGCUGCCAUUAGGAGCGAAGCGGUGAUCACCCUUCACAAUCAACCCGCUUCCUCUCUCAUUUGCCUUCAAUCAACCACCCUCAACAAUCUUUUAGUCUUCUGGCUUUUCAUCCUCAAUUUGCCUAAAUCAAUUCCCUCUGAACACUUCACCUACUUGAGCAAGAUGGACGACUCUGAAAUCGUUUUCGUCAUCAAUGGAGAGAUCCUCGACCCGACCAUUAUGAGCGAGAGCGAGAGCGAUUCCGACUCCAGUGAUCCUUACCAUCACAUGGACCUCAUGAGUAAUGAACAGCUUGAAGAGCAGCACAGAUGGCAUCUCGAGCACAAAGCCAAAAUCAGACGGAAGAAGGCCGCCGAGCGGAGCAAGCAUGCCCGGCCAAUGAUCAAGGCCGGCCGGCCCAUUGACGACGACCGCCGCAGUGUGGAAAGGUGUUUCAACGACGAGGCUAUUUCCCCCAUCAUUGCCAUGUUGCGUCGUAGACCUGGCACCGACCUCAAUUCUCCGGCCUAUCAGGCACUCAGCCAACCUCGCUUCGCCGAAGGAGUUGAGCAGCAACCUCCAUGGUCUUCCAACCCGCCACAUGUCAUUCCAGACAUCGCUGAGUUCAAAGAAGAGGAUCCGAACUAUGGCUGGCGCUCCAUCAUGACGGGAGACCCUCGGUUUCUCCACCAGUGGGAGGCGUACGAAGAGUCCUCCGUGAUCUACCCCGUGGUCGUCGACAAAACCUCGAAGCUGACGUUCGAGUCCGACCCUCGCUUCAAACGUCCCAAGCUCCCAGUAAAAAAGACCCUCAAGGAGAACAAAGAGUUCCAGAAGGGACCCAAGGGAUCCUACCAGCGGAAAUGGAAUUUCAGCCCACGGCUCCGCUGGGAGAGAGAGAGCGAGGGUGAGGGCGACUCCUUCUGCCGCUGGCUGAAAGACCUCCCGAAAAUGGAUGUCGUCGACAUCUACCACGCGGCGUUCUUCGACGGCACUGCGUUUCCUACCGGCGGAUACACCAUGAUGAUACCUGACAUUCGGCACGUGCCAGCUCCGCGCAACAUGAAGCACAGGAAAACUCGUCUGCACUGGCACGAAACCUCGGCGGGUUUGGUGUACAAUUACGUACAGGAGAAGAAGAAGCCCAAGAAUGAGAGACGGUUCUAG